UUAACAUAUACUUCUCCUUAUCAGACGCACAUUCCUCUCCCUCGCUCUCUGCUUGCAUUUCCAGAUGCUAUAUAUUUGGUCGACGCCAUUCAGGGUGGAGAAAUGCUUGUGAAAGCAUGUAAGCCUGCACUUGAGUCUAGUUACAUCACAAAAGUCAUUCACGAUUGCAAACGAGAUAGUGAGAUUGCUUUUUCCUUGAUAGAGGAGCAGGAAGGGCAACUGCGAUCUCCAAAUGAUUACAUAUCGUUUGUCAGCCUCCUUAAGUUUGUAUUUAAUCAGGUUCCCAUGCAUUCAGAUUAUCAAGACUGCAACUGUCUAUGCGAAGCUUUGCAAGAGAGAGAGCACAAAACAAUUCCACAACUCAAAGAUAAAUUCCCAUUGGUGUACAAGAAUGUCAGGCCACCAACUAGGAAGCUGAAGACCACAUACAAGGCAUCAAUGUUUAUAUAA